UUGGUCGCUUUUAAUUCAUGUUUGGGAUUCAGGAAAGCAUUCAGAGGAGUGGGAGCAGCAUGAAGGAAGAGCCCCUCGGCGCGGGGAUGAACGCGGUCAGGACCUGGAUGCAGGGAGCCGGCGUCCUGGAUGCCAACACGGCCGCUCAGAGCGGGGUGGGCCUGGCCCGGGCGCAUUUCGAGAAGCAGCCGCCUUCCAAUCUGAGGAAAUCUAACUUCUUCCACUUCGUGCUGGCUCUGUAUGAUCGGCAGGGGCAGCCCGUCGAGAUCGAACGAACCGCCUUCGUGGGCUUCGUAGAGAAGGAGAAAGAAGCCAACAGUGAAAAGACCAACAACGGGAUCCAUUACCGGCUGCAGCUUCUCUACAGCAACGGAAUCCGAACAGAACAGGAUUUUUACGUCCGCUUAAUCGACUCCAUGACAAAACAAGCGAUAGUAUACGAAGGACAAGACAAGAACCCCGAAAUGUGCAGAGUUCUGCUCACCCAUGAAAUAAUGUGCAGCCGCUGUUGUGACAAGAAAAGCUGUGGCAACAGAAAUGAGACUCCUUCAGAUCCAGUGAUAAUUGACAGGUAA